AAUAUAGCGGUCGCAAAACUUGAGGGGAUAGUAAACCAUGCCCAACCUCAUCGCUGUAAGCUCCUCUCAUCUGCUUCCUAAACCUCCUCUAAAUGUUAAUUUCAAACAUCCCCCUUCUAUAAAUUGUUGCAGUGUAAGAAAACAGCGCAAGAGAAGUCUAAAAAGCUCAUGGCCUUCCAUCUCUCUCUCGCUUUUUGGAUGUGGUUUCAUUUUAGGUCCCCUCAUUGAUGGCCUUCAUUCAAGGGUCGACCUUGUGGUUUACCAAAAUGGAGCAAUAAACAUCGGUCCUCUCCACACCAAUAAAUGGGUCCCGCCUUUGCUGGGAUUGUUCUACACUACAGUUGGGUUACUGCAAAUCUACUUGGAUGAAAAGAAUUCUUCAAAUGUUCCCCAGGGAAGCCUUGAAAAAGCUGUUAGGUCUCUUAUAGCAUUGGUACUAUUUAUCGAACUGAGUUCUGAAAUGUAUAAAAAUGGAGUUCCGGACAACAUUGAGGCCUACAUUUUAUUUGCAGCGGCAGAGGUUUUAUGGUACUCACUAGACAGAACACGCCUUGGUUUCACCCUAGCAUCUGUCAUUGGCAUAUGCUGUCCCUUGGCUGAAAUCCCAUUGAUGAAGUUCUUCCACCUCUGGUACUACCCGCAAGCAAAUAUUGAUAUCUUUGGACAGGGGCUAGUUACUUGGACAGUGACCUGUUAUUUUGCUUACACGCCAUUCCUUGUGUGUUUAUCCCGCUGGCUACAAUCAACCGUCAAUGGCAAUGCUAGUGGUACAGACAUGUCCGAGUGAGGGAGGAGCUAAUAAGGAUUUUUUUGCUAGUAUCGAAUUUUAACAGUAAUUUGGUUUCCAAAUGGAAUCUUUACAAGAUUUAAUGUAUGUCGUUGCAUUGCAUAUCUAAUGCCUGAAUGCUGCGGUAACAGACAAACCCACAUCAGAGUUACGGUGUGUAAGAAGGCAAUAUCUCAAAGCCCUCCUGUUUGAAAAAGUAGAAAACAUCAUUAAGUGGAUGAAAUUGCACUAAUUACAAAUAAUUUUAAUA